GUCUGUCCCCAUGCCCACCGUGUGUCCCUGUCCCCGCAGGCUGCUGGGGGAUGCUCUGCGGGUUCAGUGUCACUCCGUGUGUCACUCCGUGUGUCACUCCGCGUGUCCCUGUCCCCGCAGGCUGCCGGGGGAUGCUCUGCGGGUUCGGGGCCGUGUGCGAGCGCAGCCCCUCGGAGCCGGGCCGGGCGCAGUGCGUGUGCAGGAAGGGGCCCUGUGCCCCCGUGGUGGCCCCGGUGUGCGGCUCCGACCACUCCACCUACAGCAACGAGUGCGAGCUGGAGCGGGCGCAGUGCAACCUGCAGAGGAGGAUCAAGGUCGUCAGCAAGGGGCCCUGCGACCCGUGCCGGGGUGUCCCGGAGGAGCCGGGCCGCGUGUGCCGCGUGAACCCGCGGACGCGGCGGGCGGAGCUGCUGCCGCAGAUUCUGGUCCCCCUGUCCCAUGGGGAUGCUGAUCCCCCAGCCCCACUCUCCGGGCAGUUUGGCCUGAGAGCCCCCCAGGAUGGAGAGGUUGCCCUGGGCUUUGUCCCACCCCAAACUCUGCCUGCUGGAGUGGGAAUUGCUGGGCUCUUGUCCGAUGCUGGCUGUGCCUCCCAGGCCAAGGAGAGUGGGAGCAGAGACCUGGGCACGCCCAGCCCCUGCCGCAGCGUGCAGUGCGCAUUCGGGGCCACGUGCGUGGUGAAGAACCAGGAGCCGGUGUGCGAGUGCCAGCAGCAGUGCCAGGGCCGCUACGACCCCGUCUGCGGCACCGACCAGCGCACCUACGGCAACGCCUGCGAGCUGCGCGCCAUGGCCUGCGCGCUGCAGAGGGACAUCGGCCUCAGCCACAGGGGGCCCUGCGACCGCUGCGGGAAGUGCCAGUUUGGUGCCAUCUGCGAGGCCGAGACGGGGCGCUGCGUGUGCCCCACCGAGUGCGUGCCCUCGGCCCAGCCCGUCUGCGGCACCGACGGCAACACCUACGGCAGCGAGUGCGAGCUGCACGUCCGCGCCUGCACCCAGCAGAAAAACAUCCUGGUGGCCUCCCAGGGCCACUGCAAGUCCUGUGGUGGCUCCGUGUGCUCCUUUGGCAGCCGCUGUGUGGGCGGGCAGUGCGUGUGCCCGCGCUGCGAGCGCCAGCCCCCGGCCCCGGUCUGCGGCACCGACGGCGUCACCUACGGCAGCCCCUGCCAGCUGCAGGUGGCCUCGUGCCAGCAGCAGAAGAGCAUCGAGGUGGCCAGGAUGGGGCCGUGCGAGGACGAGUGCGGCUCGGGGGGCUCUGGCUCGGGGGAUGGCAGCGAGUGCGAGCAGGAGCGCUGCCGCCAGUUCGGGGGCUGGUGGGACGAGGACGCCGAGGACGAGCCCUGCGUGUGUGACUUCACCUGCCAGGCCGUGCCCCGCAGCCCGGUGUGUGGCUCUGACGGUGUCACCUACGCCAACGAGUGCGAGCUGAAGAAGACGCGGUGUGAGAAACGCCAGGAGCUCUUUGUCACCAGCCAGGGAGCGUGUCGGGCCCUGGCCUGUCCCGACAAUGUCACCGUGGCGCUGGGCGUGGGAGCCGCCGGCUGUCCCAGCACGUGCCAGUGCAACCCCUACGGCUCGUACGGGGGCUCGUGCGAGCCCGGCUCGGGCCAGUGCUCCUGCAAGCCCGGCGUGGGCGGCCUCAAGUGCGACCGCUGCGAGCCCGGCUUCUGGAACUUCCAGGGGAACCCCUCGGCCCCCCGCUCCUGCCAGGAGCUGAGCUGUGAUUUCGGGGCCUCGUGCGUGGAGCUCGACGGCUUCGCCCACUGCGAGUGCCCGUCCCCGCUGUGCUCCGAGGCCAACGCCACCAAGGUGUGCGGCUCUGACGGUGUCACCUACGGGGACCAGUGCCAGCUGCAGACCAUCGCCUGCAGGCAGCGCCAGCACAUCACCGUCCAGCACGCGGGGCAGUGCCACGGUGAGUGCCACGCUGAGUGCCACGCUGAGUGGGUGCUGGUGGCCGCCGGGCAACCGAGCUACGGCGAGUCCGGCAGCGCCGAGGGCAGCGGGGACCAGGAGAUGGGGACCAGUGGCGACCAGGAGUCCAGCGGGGCGGGGUCUGCCGGUGAGGAGGAGGAGGGUGAUGACGAGGCCCAGGUGACAUCCACGGCUGCCAUCGAGAGGGCCACGUGCUACAACUCGCCCCUGGGCUGCUGCUCCGACGGCAAAACCGCGGCCGCCGACGCCGAGGGGAGCAACUGCCCCGCCACCAAAGUGUUCCAGGGAGUGCUGGUCCUGGAGGAGGUGGAGGGCCAGGAGCUGUUCUACACCCCCGAGAUGGCCGACCCCAAAUCCGAGCUCUUCGGGGAGACGGCGCGCAGCAUCGAGAGCGCCCUGGAGGAGCUGUUCCGCGGCUCCGAUGUCCGGCGGGAUUUCCGCAGUGUCCGGGUGCGGGACCUGGGCCCGGGCAGCGCCGUCAGGGUCAUUGUGGAGGCUCACCUCGACCCAGCCACGUCCCACACGGCCGCCGACGUCCAGAGGGCCCUGCUCAAACAGAUCCGAGCUGCCAAGAAAAAAACCAUCCUGGUGAAGAAACCCCAGAGUGAGCACAUCAAAUUCAUGGAUUUUGGUGAGAUCCCUUUUUGGGGUUUUAAAAUUCCAAGGGGGGGGAUCUUCCGGGCUUGGCUUUGGCAUCAACCCUUCAGGAGCUUCCAGAGGAAUCGUGGAAUGUUUGGGGUUGGGAGGGACCUUAGAGAUUAUCUGGGACAUGGGAAGGGGUUUUUCCAUUGGCACUUCCAGGGAUGGGGCAGCCUCAGCUUCCUCUGGGAAAUCCAUCCCAGGGUCUCAGAGCCCUCUGACCCCUUGGCCACCACCCACAGGCUCCCUGCGGCCACCUCAUCCUUGGCCACCACCCACAGGCUCCCUGCGGCCACCUCAUCCUUGGCCACCACCCACAGGCUCCCUGCGGCCACCUCAUCCUUGGCCACCACCCACAGGCUCCCUGCGGCCACCUCAUCCUUGGCCACCACCCACAGGCUCCCUGCGGCCACCUCAUCCUUGGCCACCACCCACAGGCUCCCUGCGGCCACCUCAUCCUUGGCCACCACCCACAGGCUCCCUGCGGCCACCUCAUCCUUGGCCACCACCCACAGGCUCCCUGCGGCCACCUCAUCCUUGGCCACCACCCACAGGCUCCCUGCGGCCACCUCAUCCUUGGCCACCACCCACAGGCUCCCUGCGGCCACCUCAUCCUUGGCCACCACCCACAGGCUCCCUGCGGCCACCUCAUCCUUGGCCACCACCCACAGGCUCCCUGCGGCCACCUCAUCCUUGGCCACCACCCACAGGCUCCCUGCGGCCACCUCAUCCUUGGCCACCACCCACAGGCUCCCUGCGGCCACCUCAUCCUUGGCCACCACCCACAGGCUCCCUGCGGCCACCUCAUCCUUGGCCACCACCCACAGGCUCCCUGCGGCCACCUCAUCCUUGGCCACCACCCACAGGCUCCCUGCGGCCACCUCAUCCUUGGCCACCACCCACAGGCUCCCUGCGGCCACCUCAUCCUUGGCCACCACCCACAGGCUCCCUGCGGCCACCUCAGCCCCGGCCACCACCCGCAGGCUCCCGGUGGCCACCCCGUCGCUGGGCCAGCACGGCCCCAAGGCGGUGGCCGUGGGCAGCACCAGGAGGCCCAGCCCCAGCAGCCCUGGCAGGAGGAAGCCAACCCAGUUGCCCCCUGGCACCAGCGGAGCCCCCCGGCCCUGCCAGUCCCAGCCCUGCCUGCACGGCGGCACCUGCGAGGACGACGGCCGGGACUUCACCUGCAGCUGCCCCGCGGGGACAGGAGGGGCUCUGUGUGACAAACCCCGCAGCCCCUUCACUCCCAGUUUCGGGGGUCACUCGUUCCUGGCGUUCCGGACCAUGCGUGCGUAUCACACGGUGCGCAUCUCGCUGGAGUUCCGGGCGCUGGAGCCCAGCGGGCUGCUGCUCUACAACGCCCAGAAACACGGCAAGGACUUCAUCUCCCUGGCGCUGCUGGGCGGCUUCGUGCAGCUCAGGUUCGACACGGGCUCGGGGCCGGGCACGGUGAGCAGCACGGUGCGGGUGCAGCCCGGGCGCUGGCACUCGCUGCUGGUGACGCGGAGCUGGCGCACCGGGAUCCUGGCCGUGGACGGGGAGCCCCCGGUGAGCGGGGAGAGCCCCUCGGGCACCGACGGGCUCAACCUGGACACGGAGCUGUUCGUCGGGGGAGCGGGGUGGCACUGGGGAUCUCCCCUCAGGGACAAGAUGUCCAUGGAGCUGGUGUUCCUGGCCAAGAGCCCCACGGGGCUGAUCUUCUACAACGGCCAGAGGAGCGACGGCCGCGGGGACUUUGUGUCGCUGGCGCUGCGGGAGGGACACCUGGAGUUCAGAUACGACCUGGGCAAGGGCGCGGCGCUGCUCAGGAGCAGGGAUCCCGUGCCCCUGGACACGUUGGUCAGUGUCCAGCUGGAGAGGAGCGGCCGCAAGGGAGAGCUGAGGGUCAACGAGGGGCCCAGGGUCACGGGAGAGUCCCCGGUGAGUGGGGAGGGCAGGGAAACCCUCUGCCUUGGGGGGCUGCAGGAGUGGGGGUCUCCAGCUCCUGGCCUUUAAAUCGUGGGCUUGAGGGUGGAAAAGUGGAAUUUCU